CCAGCAACAAGGACAAUGGCUUCUACAGCUUCGACUACGAUGUCAGCGCUGAGCGAGGGGCUGCUGCUUUAUAAAGAAGACCCGACAUUUGACAAUGCUAUCACCUAUACGACAGUUAUCGAUGCUCAUCUCUCCGAUGCGGCAAGGUACACUGUCGAUGAGCAACGAGAGAUUCUCUCGGUUCUACAUAAUAUCCUGGCUGCCGAGGAAAACCAUGCCCUUGUGGAAACCAUAGCAUGGGAUCUUGUGGCGAUCCUGCAACCAUACUUGACGACACAUCCUGACCUUGCGGCCUCUUGUUUACUAGCCUUAGCAUCAUACGGAGCACCCAAAGAGGUGUUUUUGAAGCUCGUUGAAGUACAUGAUCUGGGAGUUGAACCAAACUCAGCAAGCGCCGUCGCAACAGCUCUCGAAACCUGUUACAAUCGCAUUCAAGCAAAGAAACCCAGUCGUUUUCUAGCAAGCUACGGAGCCGCCAUCCUUGGAAUGUAUGCCCAAGCACCCGUGACAAACUACAACAUUGCCUCGGCGUUUAUGUCCAAUAUAGCGUUGCGCAUGAAGGAAAGCGAGCAAACAAUGCCAGAAGAUGCACUUAUUCAACAGAGACUACUUCAAGCCUUCGGCACUCAUGCCAUUGAGGCUUUUAUAAGAUCAUUCGAACAUGGGACGGCAAGCACUAAAGACGAGGACACCGAUGAGGAAGAUGAAGUGCUUCGAAGCAAACGAGGCUUGCAACUGGCUGAAAGGUUCCGUGCAACGCACACUCAUCCAAGCCUUCGCAAGCUUGAUUCAGUUUCCCACACGGAUGGAGUGGACGAUCAUGUGGAGCUUGUGAACGGCGAUUUAAAUGGUCUUCUGCGAGAAGUCAGUACCGUCAUGCAAUUAACCCCCGAGCAAUUGUGGGAAGAGCUUCCCAUAAUACUCGGCAAGACAUAUCUUGAGGAAUCCAGCGAUGAAGAACAAGACGACGACGUUCCCGAUGUACCAAGCGCAAUACCACUCUCUUUGACUGGCACAAUCAUCCUAUUAGCAUGGCGUACGUUUCACGAACGACCUCUACGGCCAUCGUCUCUAAAAGAGUAUUUCGAAAUACACAUGAAUGCGGCAUUUGCGCUUUCAAAGGCGCACGUCGUCAACCCUGAAACACUUGACGCCUUGCUGUUCCUGGGAGCUUGGAUUACUAUCGAGAUGACGACGAACGCGUUGCAAGACAUCGAACCUGAGCGCUUCCUAGAAUACAUCCACGUUUUUGCUGCUAUAUCGGCUACAUCCCCAGACUCGAACGUUCGUUACUUGUCUCACACUUUGGUGGCUAGAUGCAUACAUUUACACAGGCCGGAUGUUCGUCUUAUGUACAUCAUGGAUACUUUCGAGUCAUGCCCCUUUGAGGCUGUACGAGCUGCGACGGUCGGCAUAUUGAAAGAUGAAAUACUGGCAGCAAUUGACGGAGAAGCGACCGGCAGCUCAUUGCUCGCAAGUCCUUUUUUGUUAACAGCCAUCGGACCAGUGAUAUUCUCAAUCGAUGAAGAAGUCCUUUCUCGUCCGCAGUUAUUGCAAGAUAAAUCUGGCUUCUUAAUGCAAGCUCUAAACCUUUAUCUUCUGCUUUUGAAGAAGGGUGGGGAGGACAAACUCGGCAUUCGAAGUCCAACGCAACUGAAAGCAAUGGAGGAGAAAUGGUUAAAGCCUUUGUUUGUCGCGAUCUCGGAUUGGUUGAGUGAAGACAAAGAUUCCGAAUUCCAAGUAUCGCUGUUACAAGAUGCGUUAGAGCGUGUGAACAUGGCUCACGAGGUAGCAGUAGCAGCUGAAGUGUCACUGAGAUGA